AAGUCAAAUGUCAAACAAAUUUGGUGUUUGUCUGUGAGUAAAUCGUAAAUGCAUGUUUGUGUUAACUAUUUCAAAUAAUUUUGAAUAACAAAAGCAAAGUUAAUAACAUUUAGCCACCAUGGCGGAUGCUGCGGCUCGGCAGCUUCAAUACGAAUACAAAGCGAAUUCGAAUCUCGUUCUUCAAGCCGACAAUCGACUUAUCGAACGAAGAAGUCGAGAUGAAGCCACCGGAGAAGUUAUGUCCCUUGUGGGUAAACUUAUCGGUACUAAAAUGGGAGACAGGGCGCAAAGAACUCGACCGGGUAAAGCCGAAGAACGCAAAGCCAAACGGCAAAAAAGAGAUGAAGCCCAGUACGAUUUCGCACGAAUGAAAGGCGCCACUUUGUUAUCAGAAGGAGUCGAUGAAAUGGUGGGCAUCAUAUACAGACCAAAAACUCAGGAAACUAGACAAACUUACGAAGUAUUGCUGAGUUUCUUGCAAGAAGCCCUCGGCGAUCAACCCCGCGAUAUCCUUUGCGGUGCCGCCGAUGAGGUCCUGCAAGUACUGAAGAACGAUCGAUUAAAAGAAAGGGAGAAGAAAAAAGAAACUGAAUUGUUACUAGGUCCCAUAGCAGAAGAACGAUUCGCUUUGCUCGUGAAUUUGGGUAAAAAGAUUACAGAUUUCGGUAACGAGGAAAGCAAAGUUGGUACCGGAGAGGAGAACAUCGACGAACAAUAUGGCAUCAAUGUACAAUUCGAAGAGUCCGAAGAAGAAGACGAUGAAGAUAUGUACGGAGAAGUCAGGGAAGAAAUGGACGAUGAAGAAGGCGAAGAAGCUAAAGAAGAUGGUGCUAUACACGCCGAAAAUCUGGGAGGUGUCGAUGAGGCUAAAAAGGAGAAACCUUUACAUCCUUUAGAUAUCGAUGCGUAUUGGCUGCAAAGAAAGUUAUCGAAGAUAUACGACGAUGCUAUGGUAUCGCAAGCAAAGGCCGGGGAAGUACUGAACUUUCUCAAAGACGCCAGCGACGAUAGAGAAUGCGAAAAUCAACUGGUACUAUUACUCGGUUACGACUGCUUCGAUUUCAUCAAACAGCUAAAAAAACACCGACAAAUGAUUUUGUAUUGCACGUUAUUGGCGAAGUCCCAAAGCGAAAACGAACGGCAAAAACUCAAAGAUAAAAUGUCGGAGGAUCCGUCUUUGAGCAGGAUUUUGAAACUGCUCGAAACCGGUCGAGGCGACGACGACGACGGCGACAACAACGAAUCAUCGUCGCGACAUCGUCGCGGUAAACACGAAAGCGACAUUUUGGAUUUGGCCAGCACACAAGUGACCGGAUCCAGGCACGUUGUAGAUUUCGAAGAUAUGGUUUUCUCCCAAGGAUCGCAUUUCAUGGCGAAUAAACGUUGUCAACUACCCGACGGAUCGUUUAGGAAACAAAGAAAAGGUUACGAAGAAGUCCACGUGCCCGCUCUAAAGCAAAAACCGUUCGGCGACAACGAAAAACUCAUUGCGGUAGAUCAAUUGCCCAAAUACGCCCAACCGGUCUUCGACGGUUUCAAAUCCCUCAACAGGAUACAAAGCAAACUGUGCAAAUCCGCUUUGGAAUCGGACGAGAAUUUGCUGCUUUGCGCUCCGACCGGUGCCGGUAAGACCAACGUGGCGCUCCUCUGUAUGAUGAGAGAAAUCGGCAAGCACAUAAACGCCGACGGCACCAUAAACGCCGACGAUUUCAAGAUCAUCUACGUGGCCCCCAUGCGAUCGCUCGUACAAGAAAUGGUCGGUAACUUCGGCAAAAGAUUGGCCAGCUACAACAUCACCGUAUCUGAGUUAACCGGCGACCACCAGCUGACCAGGGAACAAAUACAGGCCACCCAAGUGAUCGUUUGCACGCCGGAAAAGUGGGACAUCAUAACGAGAAAAGGCGGCGAGAAAACGUUCACGUCUCUAGUACGCCUUAUCAUCAUCGACGAAAUCCACUUGUUGCACGACGAACGGGGCCCCGUGUUGGAAGCUUUGGUCGCCAGGACGAUUCGCAUGAUCGAAUCGACUCAAGAGGACGUCAGGCUGGUGGGAUUGUCGGCCACGUUGCCGAAUUACCAGGACGUGGCGGCUUUCCUGCGAGUCAAACAGGACACUGGUCUGUUCCACUUCGACAACAGCUUCCGUCCCGUCGCUUUGGAACAACAAUACAUCGGCGUUACGGAGAAGAAGGCGCUCAAGCGGUUCCAAGUGAUGAACGAAAUCGUCUACGAAAAAACGAUGGAGCACGCCGGUAAGAAUCAGGUGUUGAUAUUCGUGCACUCGAGAAAGGAGACGGGAAAAACGGCGAGGGCCAUCAGGGAUAUGUGCUUGGAGAAGGACACUCUCGGGCAGUUUUUGAGAGAGGGUUCCGCGUCCAUGGAGGUUCUCAGGACGGAAGCCGAGCAAGUUAAAAACCAAGAAUUGAAGGAUUUGUUACCGUACGGGUUCGCCAUACAUCACGCCGGUAUGACCAGAGUGGAUAGGACGUUAGUCGAAGAUUUAUUCGCCGACAGGCAUAUACAAGUUCUCGUAUCAACAGCCACUUUAGCUUGGGGUGUGAAUUUACCGGCGCACACAGUCAUCAUAAAAGGCACCCAAAUUUACAAUCCGGAAAAAGGCAGAUGGGUGGAAUUGGGCGCUUUGGACGUUCUGCAAAUGUUGGGUAGAGCCGGUCGACCGCAAUACGACACGAAAGGCGAAGGGAUAUUGAUAACGAACCACAGCGAACUUCAAUAUUACCUGUCGUUGUUGAAUCAACAGUUGCCCAUCGAAUCGCAGAUGGUGUCGAAGCUACCCGACAUGCUCAACGCCGAAAUCGUCCUGGGCACCAUUCAGAACAUGCGAGACGCCGUCACAUGGCUGGGCUACACUUACUUGUACAUAAGAAUGCUUCGGCAACCCACUCUGUAUGGUAUAUCCCACGAUGCUUUGAAGCACGAUCAACUUUUAGAGCAACACCGGGCGGAUUUGAUCCACACGGCGGCCAUGUUGUUGGACAAGAGCGGUCUGAUCAAAUACGAGCGGAAAACGGGGCAAUUCCAAGUGACCGAAAUCGGCCGGAUCGCCUCGCAUUACUACUGCACCCACGAAACCAUGCAAACCUACAAUCAAUUAUUGAAACCCAUGUUGAGCGAGAUCGAGCUGUUUAGAGUGUUCUCCCUAUCCGGCGAAUUCAGGAACAUCACGGUGCGCGAGGAGGAGAAACUCGAGCUGCAGAAACUCAUGGAAAGAGUUCCGAUACCGAUCAAGGAGAGCAUCGAAGAGCCCAGCGCUAAGGUCAACAUUCUCCUGCAGGCCUACAUUUCCCAGUUGAAAUUGGAAGGUUUCGCUCUCAUGUCCGAUAUGGUUUACGUCACCCAAUCCGCGUGCAGGCUGAUGAGAGCCAUUUUCGAGAUCGUCCUGCACAGAGGUUGGGCCCAAUUGGCCGAUAAAUCUCUAGCCCUUUGCAAGAUGAUCGAUAAGAGAAUGUGGCAGUCGAUGUCGCCGUUGAGGCAAUUCAGGAAGAUGCCCGAGGAAAUCGUCAAGAAAAUCGAAAAGAAGAACUUUCCAUGGGAAAGGUUGUACGAUUUGGGUCCGAACGAAAUCGGCGAAUUAGUACGAGUACCGAAAUUGGGUAAAACCAUUUACAAAUACGUCCAUCAAUUUCCGAAGCUCGAACUAUCCACGCACAUCCAACCGAUAACGAGAUCCAUGCUGAAAGUCGAGCUGACGAUCACGCCCGAUUUCCAAUGGGAGGAGAAAGUCCACGGCGCCUCUGAAGGUUUCUGGAUACUCGUCGAAGACGUCGACUCCGAGGUGAUCUUGCACCACGAGUUCUUCCUGUUGAAGGCGAAGUACUGCCAGGACGAGCACUCGAUCAAGUUCUUCGUGCCGGUGUUCGAGCCGCUGCCGCCGCAGUACUUCCUGCGGAUCGUGUCCGAUCGUUGGAUCGGCGCCGAGACGCAGCUGCCCGUCUCGUUCAGGCACCUGAUUUUGCCGGAGAAGAAUUUCCCGCCGACGGAGUUGCUCGAUUUGCAACCGUUGCCCGUCACGGCGCUCAGAAACGAGCAGUACGAAUGCUUGUACGCCGAUAAGUUUCCGCAAUUCAAUCCUAUACAAACGCAAGUGUUCAAUUCCGUGUACAAUGGGGACGAUAAUAUUUUUAUAGGAGCACCGACCGGUUCCGGUAAAACCACGAUCGCCGAGUUUGCUAUACUCAGAUUGUUCGAUAGGAAUCCCGAUGGUAGAUGCGUGUAUCUCGUUCCGAAAGAUGCUUUAGCCGAGUUGAUUUUCGCCGAUUGGCACAAUAAAUUCGGGCAAACUUUAGGGAAGAAAGUGGUGUUAUUGACCGGAGAAACCGGAACGGAUUUGAAGUUACUAGCCAAAGGACAGGUGGUUAUAACAACAGCGGAGAAAUGGGACGUGUUAUCGAGACGAUGGAAACAAAGAAAGAACGUCCAAAAUAUAAAUUUAUUCAUCGUGGACGAGUUACAUUUGAUCGGAGGCGAAGACGGGCCCGUUAUCGAAGUAGUAUGCUCCAGAAUGAGAUACAUCUCGUCCCAAAUCGAAAAACCCAUCAGAAUCAUAGCCCUGAGCGCUUCGCUGGCCGAUUACCGGGACAUAGCCCAAUGGUUGGGUUGCAACGCGAACGCCACCUUCAAUUUCCAUCCGAGCGUGCGACCGAUAACGUUGGAAUUGCACGUGCAAGGCGUCAACAUCACCCACAACGCGUCGCGAUUGAUAUCGAUGGCGAAGCCCGUCUACAACGCCAUCGUGCGGCACAGCCCCCACAAGCCGGCCAUCGUGUUCGUGCCGACUAGGAAGCAGGCCCGGCUGACGGCCAUCGAUUUGUUGACGUACGCCGCCGCCGAGGGGCAUCCCGAUAAGUUUUUCCUCGCCGAAGAGGACGACAUCAAGCCGUUUUUGGAUAGAAUGAGCGAUAAAACAUUAAAGGAGACCCUGUCGCAAGGGGUGGCCUACAUGCACGAAGGACUGUCGGCCAGCGAUCUUCGAUUGGUCGAGCAGCUGUUCGAUUCCGGUGCCGUACAAGUGGCUGUGGUUACAAGGGAUUUGUGUUGGGCCGUGAAUAUAUUCAGUCAUUUGGUGGUUAUUAUGGAUACGCAGUACUACAACGGUAAAGUGCACGCCUACGAAGAUUACCCCAUAACGGACGUGCUGCAAAUGGUGGGUAGGGCGAAUAGACCUUCGGAGGACGACGAUGCGAAGUGCGUGCUGAUGUGCCAGAGUUCCAAGAAGGAUUUCUUCAAGAAGUUCCUGAGCGAUCCGUUGCCGGUAGAGAGCCACUUGGAUCACAGGCUUCACGAUCAUUUCAACGCGGAAAUCGUAACGAAAACUAUCGAAAACAAACAGGACGCCGUCGAUUAUUUGACGUGGACGUUCUUCUAUCGUCGUCUGACGCAAAAUCCGAACUACUACAAUCUUCAGGGCGUCACCCAUCGGCAUUUAUCCGACCAUUUGUCGGAAUUGGUCGAGACCACUCUGUCCGAUUUGGAGCAAUCCAAGUGUAUCAGCAUCGAAGACGAAAUCGAUUGCGUACCGUUGAAUUUGGGAAUGAUUGCUGCCUAUUAUUACAUCAAUUACACUACUAUAGAGUUGUUCAGUUUGUCGUUAAACAGCAAAACGAAGAUUCGCGGAUUACUGGAAAUUAUUUCGUCAGCGGCCGAAUACGAAGACGUACCGGUACGGCAUCGCGAAGACAACAUACUGAGACAACUGGCGCAAAAACUACCGAACAAACUCACUUCUGCAUCCGGCGGUCAGCCCAAAUACAACGAUCCCCACGUCAAGACCAAUCUUCUACUGCAAGCGCACCUGUGCAGACUACAACUGGGCGCCGAGCUCCAAGGCGACACCGAAGCGGUCCUGUCCAAAGCCAUUCGCCUGAUACAAGCCUGCGUCGACGUGUUGAGCUCGAACGGUUGGCUGUCGCCGGCCGUCGCGGCCAUGGAACUGGCGCAAAUGGUGACCCAGGCCAUGUGGAGCAAGGAUUCCUAUCUGAAGCAACUGCCGCACUUCGUCGCCGACGUUAUCAAAAGAUGUACCGAUAAAGGCGUCGAAACGGUGUUCGAUAUAAUGGAAUUGGAGGACGACGAUCGUAGCAAGCUGCUUCAAAUGACCGAGGCCCAAAUGGCGGACGUGGCGAAGUUUUGCAAUCGUUAUCCCAACAUCGAAUUGAGCUACGAGGUCGUGGAUAGGGAUCAAAUACAUUCGGGUUCGUCCGUGCACGUUGCCGUUCAAUUGGAGAGGGAAGAUGAAGUUAGCGGGCCGGUCAUAGCGCCUUUCUUCCCACAGAAACGCGAGGAAGGUUGGUGGGUGGUUAUCGGGGAGCCAAAGUCCAAUUCGCUGCUGUCCAUCAAGAGAUUGACUCUUCAACAAAGGGCCAGAGUGAAAUUGGAUUUCGUAGCGCCUAGUCCGGGACACCACAACUACACUUUGUACUUCAUGAGCGACGCGUAUUUGGGCUGCGAUCAGGAGUACAAGUUUUCCAUCGAAGUUGGUGAUUUCGAAUCGAGCGGAAGCGAAUCGGAAUAAAGAAAUAUAAUUACAUAAUAGAUUUAAGGCGUAUUGUUCAUUAGGUGUUUUAGUACCGGAGAGGUAAAUUGUAAUAAAACUUUUAUUCUCUAAUUGAUCUAUAAAUCAAACAAGUCUAAAAUGUUAAAAAUCGAUCGCCUUUUUGAUGCGAUCGAUGUUCUUGCUACCUGCAGACGACCUUAGGGAAGAGGCCGGUUUGGUUUCGGGCGCUGAACUCUCGGGGGCAACGUAACCUUGGGGCUUCGCGUUUUUCGAUUUCUGCUUCAGGAAUUCUUCGUAAAUUUCUUCGGGAGAUUUUCCCUUUACUAUAGCGAUGACGUGAUGGCGGGCUAUGCGCAAUAAUUUCUCCGUUACCCCCACGGAAUCGUUUGCGGUCAAUAAAAAUAGCUGUCUGGUGAGGCGGCCCAAAUUUAACGCUAAAGUCUUGAACUUGGGAUGAGUAGGAAGCACGUUUUGAGAUCGUAAGGCCUCGUAGAUUGCCAAUUGCAGUUUCUAAAAUAAAUACAACAAUCAGUAACAGUUCGAUUAAGUAUUUUUCGAAUCAUUGCACCUUCUUAUGAGUUAUAGUCAGUUCUUUGAUUUGUCUAGUUUGAUGUAAACUCAAGUCACUUCUGGUUCUGGAAGACAACAUUUUUGUACUCGAAUCGUUUAAUAGGGUACAUUCUGAUUGGGAUUUGGGAAAUUUCGACGGGACUUCUUCGUACGAAUCGCUAUCCAUACGUUUCCUCUUCUUUUCCGUUCCGAAAUCUAAACGUUUGACUGGCGAUCGCUUGAAACCCAAAUUUUUCAAAGGAGACCUUUUGCUGGGAGAGGAAAAUAGGGCUCGCUUCGAUUUUAUUCUAGUAUCCUCCGCAGAUGUUGAUGCUGCAGAAGUACCUGUAAAAAAUAAUUUUGUAGUUAUUUGUGUUAAAUUAAAUGUGGUGUUUUUUACUUACUCGGUAAGCAUUUAUCGGGGCUGUGAAAGAGUGUUCGUUUCGCCGCUAAACUAACCGAAUCGGAAGUUUUCUGCAUUUCCCCAGCCAUUUUUCUAAAUCUCAUCGCUAGUUUCUUCUUCGCCGAACUACUGGGUGUACGGGUUUUCGUUUUGGGGCUUUUCUUCGGAGUAUUCUUCCUCGGCGUUUUCCUCGGGCUUUUUCUUCUAUUCAACAAAUCCAUUUUCCUUUUAAAAAAUAUAUAUUUUCACUGUUUACACCAGCGCGUUUUAGUUUGCAACUUACUUAGCGUCCACCAAAAUUUGCCUAGCCCUGGAUCCUGCUAAAAAGGAACUGCCAGAUUGUAAAUUGCUGCUGGAAAAAGUGAUUCUCCUCCUGGCCAAAUGGCUGAGCCGCUUUCCCGGCGACUUGGAAUUCCAUUGCGAUUUUGUGUUCCUGCGUUUCAUCGGGCUGAGAGCGCUCAUUUCGAAAACCGUGCACGACGAAAGCGUUUCUGCUCCGACGUACCUCUGGCCGUACUUCAUGCAAAGCUCCUCGAAUUCCUCCGAAGUUUUGUUGCGAUUGUGGCUGUAAAAUCAAUUUAAAUUACGAUUGAGAAAUGUACUGAAUACUGACAAACUUACUAUAAACCCAAAGCUCUGUGCUUCAGAACAUCCGGAAAAUCCAUCUUCUUGGAAUUCUCAGUCGAUGAGCUUACGAGCAACGACUUGGAAUUGUCUUCGGAAAUAUUUCCACCGGACGUGGAGCUAUCCCAAAAGUAUUUUUUGUUACUUUCGAGUUUGCUUAACAUUUCGUCGAUUGAAAUUCUUAUUGUCGUCACGCUGCGCGGGGGCAAUACACCUUUCAAAUGGUUCUGCGUCCUUUUCAAAAUCGUCUCGUCUUUCUUCAGCAAAUACCUUUCUUGCGGUAUCAAUUUCACGGGAUCGAUUUCUUCGAAGUACGUUUUAUCGGGCGAAUCUUCCGAAAACAGGUCCGGACUCAAGGCGGAAUUGUUUGAAUUGUAGGACUUUUCGGGCGUCGAUAAUAUUACACUAGCAUUUAUCGUUUCCUCUCGGUCGUGCACAUUAUUUAUCAUACAGUUUAACGUUUCAGAAACUACUUUGUUUAUGUUUUGAUCGCUCGCACGUACGGAAUCGGAGCUUUCCGAAUUCGUCGCGUUACGCUCUCUUAAUAAAUUAGCAUCACAAUUUGCAUUUUCAAUGGGCUUAAAUGACUCUGGGUUUAAUUGCAUUGUUUCAUAAGAACUAUUAUUAAUAUUUUUUGGUGAAAUAAGAUUAGAUCGUUCUUCGUCCUCUUCGUCGAUAUCGGCAUUACAAUUUACACAUUUUAAACAUGCAUUUGUAACAAUUCUCUCCGAAUUUCCUUCGUCGCAUCCAUCUUGGGGAUCGUUCGAGGCAUCGUCCGGAACAGGAGAUAAGCUCUUGUACUUCCUCUUCACAAUAUACGAAUUCUCUUUAUCGGACUUGGAUAAAACUAAAGUCAACUUCUUCAGUGGAUCACUAGUCGCGUAAGUGUUGGUAAUAUUGUUGAAAACAGGGUUUUUCACUAAACCGUUUUGAUUUUGGGCUUGCAUGUUGUCUAAGUAAUCGGCUUCUACGGUUAUUUGAUUAGCAUACGGAAUUAAAGGGGAAACGUUGCUUUCCUCGGACGCGAAUCCGAAGUAGUUCAAUUCAGGGCUGCACUCCGAUCCGGACGAUGGGGACACGCGCGAUGUCGAAGCGGAUGAACUAAGAAGUGGCGAGUUGAAAACAUUCGUUCCUUCGAAGAUUUCCCUCUCGAUUUCCUUUCUAAUGUUAGGAUUGUUGUAGGUUAUGGGCAUUUCUAGCAGAGCAUUUUCGCUGAUGUAAAUAGGGUCGGAAACCAAACUCAAUACAUCACCAUCCCGCACGAAAUUAUCCAAAUUUGAUUCGGACUUGUGUGAAAUGUAGCCACUAUCGUAGUCUAAAUUGAACGCACAGGUUUUGUUAUUUCGUAAAUCUUCCACGCUCGCACAAUUAUCUGUAUCAUCCAUAACUAAAUUAAUGCAAUAAUUUCUUUACUAUUUUCGCCCGAGCCCACUGCAUAACUGCGUAUUGUCUGUGGUAUAACUUUUUUUCCAGAAAACCCGCCAACGGUAUGUAACCCACGUAUUAUGUUU